AACAGCGAAACCAGUGUUUAAACCCCCAAGUGGCAUAUUGGCAUUCUGUUUGCCUGUUGCUUUUCAUAUGCUCUGAUGUACUAUGCAGCACCCUGCUCUAUAUUUAAGUUUUCCAGUCCCCCCAAAAAAUAUUUCAUCUGUUAGUGUUCCAGUGCAUUUUUUCGAGGCAAAUGCAAUUUGUGGUUGAGUAAAGGUGGCACAACAAGCCUCCAUAGUGCACCAAUGAAGGCGAUAGGCGGAGUUGGGCGAAGUGGCAGCAAAGAAGCGUCCAGAUACUAAGACUUUUUUUAAAAGGAAAUUUCCCCAAAUUCCUCCUACGAAUAUAGGUACUUCUUCAUAGAUGGAGAAGCAGCUUUCAGAGGUGGAGAGCGCCUGUCAAGAGGACAACCAAGAUGCCCCCGAGCCUCAAACCCGAGCCGGCUGGAACAGUAAAAUCGAUUACUUUUUGGCUCAGGUGGGAUUUAGCGUUGGGCUGGGUAACGUCUGGAGGUUUCCAUAUUUGUGCCAUCAAAAUGGAGGGGGAUCUUUUUUGUUGCUCUACGUGCUGUUGAUGUUGGUCGUGGGCAUUCCCUUGUUCUUCCUGGAGCUGGCUGCCGGUCAGGCCAUCAGACAGGGCAGCAUCGGAGUGUGGAAGUCCAUCUCCCCCAGGCUUGUAGGAAUUGGCUACUCCAGCUGUGUGGUGUGUUUCUUCGUGGCGCUCUACUACAACGUCAUCCUGGCCUGGAGCCUUUUCUACCUCGGCAACUCCUUUCAGUCGCCUUUACCUUGGACCACAUGUCCAGCAGUGGCCAAUGGAACAUUUCCAGUUAACGGAGAAGAAGAAGAAUGUAAGGCCAACUCCACCCCGUCCUACUUUUGGUACCGUAAAGCGCUGGAUAUCACGGACAGCAUCGACGACACGGGCUCCUUCAACCCGUACAUGGUUGGCUGUCUGUUUGCCGCCUGGGCAAUCGUGUGCCUGGGAAUGUUCAAGGGGAUCAAGAGCUCAGUCAAGGUGAUGUACUUCUCCUCCAUCUUUCCCUACGUGGUGCUCUUCUGCUUCCUUGUGCGGGGUCUUCUCCUUGAAGGGGCCUUGGAAGGAAUCACUUACAUGUUCUAUCCCAAGCUCGAGGUCUGGGGAAACAUCCAGGUGUGGCGGCAGGCGGCCACGCAGGUCUUCUUCGCUCUGGGCCUGGGCUUCGGUUCCGUCAUCGCGUACUCCUCCUACAAUCCCAAGAACAACAACUGCCACCGCGAUGCCUACACCGUGUCCUUCAUCAACUUCUUCACGUCGGUGCUGGCCACGCUGGUGGUGUUCGCCGUGCUCGGUUUCCGGGCCAAUAAGAUCGUCGCCGAGUGCGUUGUGAGCAACUUGAAAGUGCUGUUGGCGCAGGCGCAAACGGGCGAUUUGGACCACAGCGUCUUGCCAAUGUUUAACCACUCGGACCCCGCCUCUUUUGGCCUGCAAGCGUACAACAAGUGGUUUGAAGAGCACGGAAGCCGCGUCCCGGUCAACUUAUCCGUCUGCGACCUGGAAAACGAGAUGCAGAAGGGCGUGCAGGGCACCGGCCUGGUUUUCAUCGUCUUCACAGAGGCCAUAUCGCUGCUGCCCGGCAGCCCCUUCUGGUCGGCUCUCUUCUUCCUCAUGCUGCUCAACUUGGGCCUCAGCACCAUGUUCGGCACCAUGGAAGGCAUCCUGGCCCCGCUCAGCGACCGCUUUGAGACUCUGGCAAACAACAAGACCAAACUCACCGUUUUCAGCUGCCUCGUCGGCUUCCUGCUCGGCCUGCUCUUCACCCAGCGCUGCGGGAACUACUUUGUCGCCAUGUUUGACGAUUACUCGGCCACCUUGCCUCUCAUCAUCGUGGUGGUGUUUGAGAAUUUCGGCGUGUCUUGGCUGUACGGGGCCGACAGGUUCCUGGAUGACAUCGAGGCCAUGCUGGGUUGGCGCCCCUCCGUGGUUUACAAGUACCUCUGGAAGUACGUUUGUCAGCUGGCCAUGUUGGUGCUGCUGGCGGCCACGACCGUUCGCAUGUUCAUUGAACCGCCAACGUACAGGAUGUGGAAGAAAGAGAUGAAUUUGGAGGUGGCCGCGCAGUACCCGGGCUGGGCUCUGGCCGUCUUAGCCUUGCUCAUCGUAUAUGCGACGCUGCCCGUGCCGCUGGGCUUCCUCUACACUCUUCUCCGGGGCAGGAAGCGGGCCGGCCGCGGCGGCGGCGUACCCGCUGACGACUACACCGUCGUGAGCGCCAAGUGCGAAACCCCCAUGACCGACGUGUCCGACGUCAGCCAAAGGGGCGACGCUUCGGCCUAAAAGAUGCGCUUGUCGGGGUCACGGCGUCACUUGCGCUUGUUUCAACGCGACCUCUCCAACGUUAGCAUUUGGAUGUUAAGUUCUGUCGCUGGUAUUUGUUCGCGCACAACGGUAAGUUUCACCUCUCCAGAUGUUUUUCCCCUCCGUCUUGACCACGUGACCCAACGGCAACACGACAAACUCUUCUCUGAUGUAUGUAAGUUGAUCGUUAACAGAAGGGAAACAAAAGCGAAAAGGCCGGCCCCUUUCGCUUUUGUGAGCUCGAAAUGGAUCAAGCCGUCCUCUUCAAGUUUUCAGGGAUUCUUGUUCUUCUGUUCGAGGAAGGAGCAUAUUUAUUUUGGCAACACAUCCCUUUCAUUGUAUUGGUCGUAGAUUCGGUUUUUCAGGUGUGUUGCCCGUGUUGACAUUUUUGGGGUGAUAUUUUCGACGUCUUGUUUUUUUUUGCCACGGCAUCUUUUAUAUGAGCCGACGUGUCGUUUCACGUGCACGGCGUUUACCCCGAAAGGUGACUUUCUGAAAAAUGUACUUGAAUGCCGCCAAUGUACAAAGUGCCUUGUUGUUUUUUCAGGAGAGAAAAAAUCAUUGCGGUUUGUUACAGUGUUGAACAUUUCUUGUUGUGGAUCAUUUUCAAAGUGUACAGAAAAUGACAAUUUAUUGUAAUAUAUUGUUCUUAUAAAAAGUUUUUU